AGGGAUCGGCAUGGCUUCCAUGUGUGCAAGGCUGGGCGGAGUGCUGGCCCCUCUGAUCAACAUGCUGAGGGAGCCCACCCCCACCGUCCCCAUGAUCAUCUUCGGCUGCGCCCCUCUCCUGGGUGCAGCCCUGGCUUUGGCUCUGCCGGAGACAGCCAAUCAGCCGCUUCCAGAUGAUAUCCAGGACAUCCAGGAACCCGCAGUGGGAACCAGCCAGUCUCACAGGACAUCGGAAGGACAGCCGCUACAGGACUUAACAUCCGGCUCCUGACAGACAUCAGUGACACACACAAACACACCCGAGCAUCAGCGAGGGGUUGGGGUUGUCACAGCAGGGGUUACUGGGUGAAUGACAGGAAACAAAAGGGGUUGUGGUUGAAUCCAAACUGAUUGAGAGCAUGACCAAGGCAUGACAGCGUGAUGAAGUGGGUGAUAGAGUUUGUAGUAGGGAAUUCUGUAGAGGCUCAGUAAAAAUACAAAAAAUACUGCUCUGUGUUAGCGAUCCAGCUAAUACUGCUCUGUGUUAGCGAUCCAGCUAACCCUACACUGUCUGGGCCAGCAGAAAAUGGAGCAGCGAAAGAUAACUAGCCCGCUCACAUUCUCUGUGACCUUUGAAAGCAGGGAGAACAUGCUGGUUGCCUAUGGUCAUUUUUAAUUAUUUUACAAGACAAUGAGGGGAAAAACACUAAUUUAUAUAUAUUUAAAUGGCGGAUAGCGAAUAAAUAUAAAGGUAAUGGUUUCAGAGGGUGAAUAGCGAAUGAAUACAAAGGUGAUGGAGAAUUAGUGAAGGGUUCAGGGGAAAGGUAAUGGGCUUCAGUGGUGUGUUACUGUCAGUUAAGGUCCUGCCAUGGCUUUGCUUCACUCACACACAAGCUGGUUGCACUCAUAGCUGUAGCAGUGGGCUGUGCAAUCCUGUAUAUCUAGAUCACUCAUAGCUGUAGCAGUGGGCUGUGCAAUCCUGUAUAUCUAGAUCACUCAUAGCUGUAGCACUGGGCUGUGCAAUCCUGUAUAUCUAGAUCACUCAUAGCUGUAGCAGUGGGCUGUGCAAUCCUGUAUAUCUAGAUCACUCAUAGCUGUACCACUGGGCUGUGCAAUCCUGCAUAUCUAGAUGUGUGAUUCAAAAUGCUAGGGAAGGCCAUGACCAUCUGGGUGGUAUUUCAAGUAUGUGGUUUAGUGACUAGCCCGGACAAGUUUCCUCAGAGUAAGUGAUACAUCUUUUAAUAGACGAGCCCUAGCCCUUACUGCUUACUCUGAGGUACUUUACGAGGGGAGGACCCCCACCCUGAACUGUUUAGGUUUAACACACAUUGUGUGGAGAAGUGAUGUUAGUGGAGAUUUAAUACAGGGUUGGUAUGGGAGAUAAUGUAUGUAAUUUGUUUGGAUGUAAAGGUUCUUUAGGGUAGGAGAUUAUGUAUGUCAUUUGUUUGGAUGUAAAGGUUCUUUA